CAUGGGUGGGGGGCGCGCCACAGCCGGUGCUGGCCGUUUCGGGGUCACAAAACUGGGGAUACGAUAAUUAGCCUCGUGUUCCGACUGGAUGAAGUCAUAGCGUUGCACUUUGGUCGUCGGCGCCGAGUGUGGGCACUGUUCAGCCUCGCUGAGGACAAGCUUUGAUCGCGAAAUGAUGUAGGACAAGGCGAGCAAAUACGAGAAAAGAUUUGGGUAUAUGAGAGAUGGAAUGCCGCUCUCUUUAGGCUUCCAUCCAAACAUCAACUCAUCAACUCUACACUAAUACUUUAUCACUACAACUACCACUUCCACACUUCAACAACACCACCUUCAAAUCAUCAACAUGAAGUUCACCGCCGCCGUCGCCGCUGCCUCCAUGGCCGCCAUCUCCUCCGCCCUUCCCCAGGCCUCUUCUCCCUUCCCUCGCCCCGAGGCCGGCGACGUUUUCCGUCUGAUGUCUCUGCGCUCCGCCACUCCCAUCCAGUACGGCAACGUCCAGGCCAAGGAUGGCGGCCUCGUCAUCAACUCGCCCGACGAGAACAACAAGACCUGCAUCAUCAACGGCGACCGCGACAACACCACCAGCGGCAUCAACUACGCCUCAUUCUCGCUCGACCAGGAGGACGGCAGCGUCUACAUCUACACCUUCAACCCCCCUCUCCAGCUGUACGUCGACCGCAGCGGUAUGGGCCAGGGCAACGUCCGCUACUCCACCGGUGUUCAGCCCAUCGGCAAGAACCAAGAGCGCGGCCCCUUCAAGAUCAACGACGACGGUGACCUCGUCUUCGCUGCUGGUGGUCUUACCGGCGAUGUUGGCUUCCAGGCUUGCCCCGGCGCUGUUGGCGGAGGCUGGAAGAUCUGGCUCUCUGGUGUCGACAAGCCUGCUGGUUCUGAGGGAUGCACUCCCUUCACCAUGAAGGCGCUCAAGGAGGACGAGCCCAAGAAGUGCCUCUACUCUUCUGCUCCUGCUUAGAUGCCGAGCCUAUAGAAAUUCUUGGAGUGUACAUAAUGAUGGUCUCGAAGACGGGACUUUUGUUUUUUAAUGUGUAUAUAUCAUAGCAUUUGAGCGUC